AUGGCCGCUUCAACUACAAGUCAGGUUUAUAUCGAUGUUAUCGAAGAUGUCAUGGUCAAGGUUCGAGAUGAGUUCGUCACCAACGGUGGUGGUCCUGGAGAUGAAGUUCUCCGAGAGCUUCAAGCCAUUUGGGAAACGAAGAUGAUUCAAGCUGGUGCAGUGCUUGGUCCAAUUGAGAGGUCUGCUGCUGCUAAUAGACCAACGCCUGGUGGUCCGAUUACUCCUGUUCAUGAUCUGAAUGUGCCGUAUGAGGGGACUGAGGAGUAUGAAACUCCUACUGCUGAAAUACUUUUCCCCCCUACGCCAUUGCAAACUCCAAUUCAGACCCCUUUACCUGGAGCUGGUGAGACCCCGAAUUAUAACAUUCCUACUGGACCAAGUGACUACUCUUCUUCUGGAAAUGAAACUGGUGGAAAUGCUGAUGUAAAAGGUGGAAGACCAAGUCCAUUCAUGCAACCUCCUUCUCCUUGGAUGAAUCAGAGGCCUCCACUUGAUGUCAAUGUUGCUUACGUGGAAGGACGGGAAGAGGCUGAUAGAGGAGCUUCUAAUCAGCCUAUGACACAAGAUUUCUUCACAGUGCCUGGUGGAAAGCGAAAACGCAAUGAUAUGCCUCCACCAUAUGAUGUUGGAGGGUAUAUACCUCAGCAAGAUGGAGCUGGUGAUGCUGGAUCUGGCGAUUUUGAAAUUGAGGUAUGUGGAGGGAGCAUCUCCUUCAAUUCACAACACACUAAUUCAAAAGGGAAAAUGCCCGCAGACUUGGAGAGACUAACUUCUAGGAUUCCUCAACUUGAUGGACCAAUUCCGUAUGAGGAUGAUGUGCUUUCAACUCCAAAUAUAUACUAUAAUGGUGGAGGGUACAAUGAAGACUACAACGUUGCAAAUACACCAGCUCCUCCUGAAGUACCAGUAAGCACCCCUGCUCUCGUUGCUCAAAAUGAGGUGGUAAAUGACGAUGACGAUGAUGAGCCUCCAUUAAAUGAAAAUGAUGAUGAUGAUUUAGAUGACUUGGACCAAGGGGAUGAUCAAAAUACACAUCAUCUAGUUUUGGCCCAGUUUGACAAGGUGACACGUACUAAGAGCAGGUGGAAAUGCACAUUAAAGGAUGGCAUCAUGCAUAUAAAUAACAAGGAUAUUCUCUUCAACAAGGCAACAGGAGAGUUUGACUUCUGA